AGGUGUGGACUUAACAGAAAUAGGCGGACCAUACUGGGAGAAAGCCCCACCUGCCCAAUUCGCUGCCCCGGAUCGGCUCCGGCAUCCCCCGCGCCCGGGGUCUUUUGAUGCGCCACAAUCAAGGCUCGUAUGCGGGAGCCUUGUGAGCAACCUUCAUCGCUAGCUGACAUGCACCAACUGCAUUGCCCUGAGAGCACCUCUAUCCGAUUCAACAAUUGCAUUGACCAUGGCGAUGCGGGCAAUCAGCCUGUAACCGAUAUCGGUGAUAUGCAUCGCAAAAAGGUUCUGUUGAAGAUCAGGCACUUAGUCAAAACUGAAGCUAGCACGUCAUGAGGAUACGGCUUCCCUUCGCCGGCGCCUUCGCCCUCCUCCUCCUCAUCGCAGGCUACGCGGGGCUGUCCUCCGUCCAGCUCUCGGACACCGGCCUACCUAUAGACGACAAAGUCUUGCACUUCCUAACAUUCUUCGCCCUUACCGUCGCUUUCUACUGGAUCAUCGACACCACAAGGCGGCGCGUGCUCAACCUGACGCUAGUCGGAUGCACACUGGGCCUAGGCAUCGGGUCCGAGGUCCUGCAGGCCGUGCUGCCCAACGGCCGGGCCUUCGAUUUCUUCGAUGUCGUCGCCAACCUCGUCGGCUCCCUGGCCGGGCUGAGCCUUUGCGCGUGGUACCACAAGCGGAUGCUGGAGAGGAAGCGGUUGAGGAAGUACAACGCCGUGCCUACGGGCGAGGGUGAUGAUGGUGAUGUUGCUGUUGGGGAGGGCGAGGAGGAUCUGGAGCUGGGGGAGGGUCCCGGCAUUCGCCGUUCCGGAGAGCAUGAAGAAGGGGUGGUUAGCAGUAGCGCCGCCGGCGGUCAGCGAGCUACGACGUUAGAGGAGGAGGUCGAUAACUGGGAUGAGAAUGCUGUGGAUGCCUGGGAUGAGGAUGAUGCGGGUGAUGUCAGCGUGUCUGCCUCCGCGGCAACUAAGGAUGUGGACGCCAGCGGCGACCAUGGCGGCGCGAAGAAGCGCGCUGAUUGACAGUGAGCGAGAAGUGGGACGGACCUGCUGCGGCAACGUAGCAUGUAUGGUAUGAAUAACGUUUGGAAUGGCUAUGGCGUUCUUGCAAUCGGAUUUCACUCCUUUAGAAGCGGUCGGAACGGAAACUGGUGUGCUUUAUUCCGCAGGAGUUGUAUGACGACGACCAUGGGUAGCAAGGCAUGAAAAUUCCUGUCACUGUACCUUGACAUCUUGGUGGGGCAAAUUCAAUGCGGCAAUGAAUGU